AUGGGGUUCGGCAAGAGUGAGAAGGGCAAGUUGGAGAUGGACAUUGCUGAUGUCAGAGUUGUCACUGACAUUUUCGUGGCCUGGGGCCAUCAGCAAGAGAAGGACUCGCCGCUGACGGUGCACGAGAUCGCGGAGCGCUUCGACAAGCUGUAUCAAGACGUGGGCGGCCCCACUCGCUCGGCCAUGGCAGUGGAGGCGCAAAGUGCUGCGACGCACUGCGCAUCGCACGUGAGCGAGCCAGGCGCAAGGACCCUCACCAUCCUCACCAUGCCCCGGGAACCCCGGGUCCGGACGCGACCCGAAUUCCGAAUCAUUCGAAUGAAGUCGUUCGACAGGUACAUGGCACAGCAGGCCGCCAUGGCUGCCUACCAGCAACAGCUCGUGCAAAUGUACGCUUCUUUCCCCGCAAGUGGCAAGUUUGGCAAAGCUGCGAAGGGCAAGGGUCCCGGACCUGCGCCCGUGGGGGUGCCACGAGCUGAACCACCCGCAUCGGGCGCAGCCGCUUUGCCAGCGGACGUGCCGGAUGCCGAUGUGCCGGAUGCGGAUGCGGAUGACGAGGAGGCAAAGGAAGAAGCCACGGCGGACUUCGCGCCGCCGAAGCCGCGGUUGCUGCAGAUCGUGGAUCCCCACAGUGGCAAGCCAAUAGACACCAUGGGUAUGAACUUUGCCCCGCGAAAGCCCUCAACGCCGCUUCAGAUCACCAACCCCAACACUGGGGAGGCGGUCAUGAAGAGCUGA